GUGUUCACCACCAACCACGUGGAGAAGCUGGACCCGGCGCUCAUCAGGAGGGGCCGCAUGGACAAGCACAUCGAGAUGUCCUACUGCGGCUACGAGGCCUUCAAGUUCCUCGCCAAGACAUACCUCGACGUCGACGCCCACCCGCUGUUCGACGCCGUUGAGGAGCUGCUGCGGGAGGUGGAGAUGACGCCCGCCGACGUCGCCGAGAACCUGACGCCCAAGAGCCUGGAGGACAACCCGGACUCGUGCCUCGCGGCCUUGGUGAAGGCGCUGGAAGAGGCCAAGGAGAAGAAGAAGGCGAGUGGGGGGGGUGGUCAUGACGAACAAGAUUCCGAGGAGGAAGAGUAGUUUCGAUUGACGAUUGCCAAAUUGUCUGCUGAUUUUCUCGUGGUUUGUGUUAGAGAGAUCUCGCAUCGAAUUAGCCAGCCGCUUCAUCAGUUAGUAAACUCUUGUAGACAGUAGACUCGAUCGGGUAGUAGCAUUGUCAGGAACACUAUGCUUUCGUGAACAGAGGGAGUGCAGCUAUGUUAGAAAUAAAAUAAGUUAACACCAGGUCAACGUGAACUUUUUCUCGGAAAGAAAGAAACGUGACGAGAACUUUGUGAAACGAAAA